AUGUCGAUUACGAAAUUCGAUCGGAUAUCGUUCAUUGUGAUUUUCUCGAGUGGCGAGACGGAAUGUAUCGUCGCCGUUGAUGGGGUUUACAAACAAACCGAAUGGGAUCGCCAUAUUAGGCGCGCGCAAAAUACGUUCAAGUGGCAAGCGAGUUCGGGGCGAACCUUUUUUGUCAACGUUUACGAUAUUUGCAAGGAUCAUAGGUUGGUUAAGAAGGAUCGGAUCGCGUUGGGGCAGGAUCAUGGAUAA